ACAGUUCGGCGACAAAAUGGCUAGUCGCUGGGUGUUAUUCUUGGGUAUCGCCCUAAUCCAGGGUAUAAUCGCUGUUAGUCCCAUUCCUCUAGAUGAAGAUGGAGAAUGGGACUCUGUCGCAAUACCGCUGAACGACCCUGCCUACCGACUCCCUACGACCACCCGUCCACGGCACUAUGAAGUCACCAUCACACCUUACUUCGAGACCGUCCCAACUGGCGUGGAACCAUUCACGUUCGACGGUGAAGUCAGGAUUUACACCAGCCCGCAGCAAACAUUCAUUAACCGAAUUGUGAUUCAUUGCAAUGAUAUGACCAUUCAUACUCUAACUGUCACUUACACCAAUCCAGUGACCGGAGCAGUUCAGGACAUUACUGCGCCCGGUCAAAAUUUCACAUGCGUUGCACCUUACAGUUUUCUGUACAUACAAACGAGCAUAAAUUUGCUGGUUAAUCAAGAAUAUGUGAUAUCUGCUACGUUUAGAGGAAACAUAAAUAACAAUAUGAUAGGCUUCUACAGGAGUUGGUAUAUCGACACUUCUGGUGUAAAAAGAUGGAUGGGAACAACCCAAUUCCAGCCUGGCCAUGCACGCCAAGCCUUCCCGUGCUACGACGAGCCUAGCUUCAAGGCCACCUUCGACAUCACCAUCAAUAGGGAAGCUGGUUUCAACCCUACCAUCUCCAAUAUGCCUAUUCGGUCUACUACUACUUUGGAUAAUGGAAGGAUCUCCGAAACAUUCUACACUACGCCCCUUACUUCGACAUAUUUGCUAGCAUUCAUCGUCUCCCAUUACAUUGAAGUUGAAACUAACAACGACAACGACAGGCCUUUCGCUCUCUAUGCUCGCGACAAUAUCCUUACUUCUGGUGAAUGGGCUCAAGAAGUUGGAAUACAACUUUUGGAAAGGAUGGAAAUAUAUACUGAUAUUCCUUACUACGAUAUGGCUCAUAACAUUAACAUGAAACAAGCCGCUAUUCCUGAUUUCUCUGCUGGAGCUAUGGAGAAUUGGGGUCUUUUGACUUACAGGGAAGAAUUAGUCCUAUACGAUCCCCAGAACUCCAACCACUUCUACAAGCAGCGAGUGAUGAACAUCGUUGCUCACGAGAUCACGCACAUGUGGCUCGGAAACCUGGUCACUUGCGCCUGGUGGGACGUGUUGUGGCUUAAUGAGGGAUUCGCCCGAUUUUAUACUUACUUCUUGGCUGAUUUGGUGAGACCCGAUCUUGGUUUCGAGACCCGUUUCAUCAUCGAACAAGUACAUACUUCAAUGAUUUCUGACUCUAUUGACAGCGCACAUCCCUUGACUGAUCCUAGUGUGAACGAUCCUACCAGUGUCAGUGCCCAUUUCUCAACUAUUACGUACGCUAGAGGCGCCUCUGUGAUUAGAAUGACGGAGCACUUCCUUGGAAACUUUACGUUUGUUAAGGGAAUGCAAAAUUAUAUGAAAGAGAGAGCUUUCAAAGUCGCUUUGCCAAUCCAUCUAUUCACUGCAUUGGACGAAGCAGCGGCAGAAGACAGUUCUUUGUCUAAUUACAAUGGCGUCACUAUUGAGGAGUACUUCAAAACUUGGUCAGAGCAAGCUGGACAUCCUCUACUGACUGUCACUGUCAACCAGAGAACCGGCCAGAUGAUUGUUACUCAGCACCGUUGGGAGCGUAACACUGGCGUCUCCACCAUUCCUAGUUUGUACAUGGUACCAAUUACAUGGACUAGCGCUGGAGAAGCCGACUUCGAGGAUACCAAGCCAUCUCAGGUCCUGACUGCUCAAUCCACGGUCAUCGAAAGAGGAACUACUGGCAAUGAAUGGGUUAUCUUUAACAAACAGGAAACUGGUUUCUACAGAGUCAACUACGAUGACACCAAUUGGGCUCUUUUAACUCGGGCAUUGAGGAGUAACCAGAGAACUAACAUUCACGAACGUAAUAGAGCACAGAUCGUGAACGAUGUCUUCCAACUGGCCAGGGCCGGUGUGCUCCGCUACGAAAGAGCGCUCAACAUUCUCUCGUUCCUGGAGUUCGAAGACCAGUACGCCCCUUGGCUGGCGGCGAUUACUGGCUUCAACUGGGUCGUUAGGAGGCUGGCGCAUGACGAGGAGAACCUUGCCAAGCUAAGGGAGCAAAUCCUCGGCCUCAGUGUAGCUGUCACAGCCCGUCUGGGCUGGGCUGAAAUUGACAACGAAGACUACAUGGAUGGGCUUCUAAGAAUGGACCUCGGCACCUUCCUUUGCAACAACGGACAUCCCGGCUGCUCGGCCGCCGCCGUCACCAACUUCAAUAACUGGAUCAGCGGUGGAUACGUACCCCCCAACAUGCGGCCAUGGGUAUUCUGCGAAGGUCUCCGCAGAGGAUCUGCCGCUGACUUCGACAUCUUCUGGCAAAGAUACCUAGAGAACGACUUGUCUAACGACAAGAUUGUCAUGCUGGAAACCGCUGGUUGCACCCAGGACGAAGCCAGUCUGCAGAAAUACCUUUCGGCUAUUGUGGCUAUGGAUGACUCUGUCCGGCCUCAGGAUUAUGAUACGGUUUUGAUUGCAGCUGUUACUGGAAAUGAAGUUAACACCAUGAGGAUGUUCAGAUGGCUGACAAACAAUGUGGCUCAGGUCACUGCUGCACUUGGCAGCAUUGCUACGCCACUUAGCUACGUUACUGGUCGUCUUCUCAACGAGGAACAAAUUACUGAGGUUCAAACCUGGCUAGACGCCCAGCGCACGGUCAUCGGUGACAGCGCCUACAACACCGGCGUCAACGGCAUUGCUUCUGCCAGAAACUUCCACGCUUGGUCUAAUACCAGAGUUGUGGAACUCGCAACCUACUUCGAAACCGGUUACCUAGAAGACAACAUUGAUGACAUCGUUGAUCCUGCACCGGAACCCGAACCAGUAACGAACCCGUAACCGGUAACAACUCCGGAUCUGGAUGGCGAACCCGAUUCAGCUAAUAUUGCUGCUUUGAGCGCUGUUACACUUAUUGUAACUUUGGCUCUUAAUAUGCACAUCUGGAUACGUUCCACGAUGAUCGUGGUACUGCUUGCCCUUGUUGGGCUGAUCUACGCCCAGCACACUCCAUCCAUGGAGUUCAGAUCAGAGAUGGAGUUCAUUGAACCCCACAACAGCAACGUGGACAGCGAGACCUCAUACAGACUCACCGACAGCAUCCAGCCUAGCUGGGUGUACGUUGAUUUGGAUGUGUACUUGUCUGAGAGCAGAGUUGAGGGCGUUGUGAGGCAUGAAGUCACGAUUUCUGGAAAUCCCCAUGAAGAAAUCGUACUCCACCAAAACGUAGUCGCUAUCACAGCAGUCAACCUCCUGGAUAGCAACAACAACGCUGUCGCUUUGAACCUCGAGAAGCCCUUCGAGCUUGACAACAUUCACGAGCUCUUGAUAAUCAACCCUGCCUCCCCUGUCGCUGCCGGACAGUAUUCUAUCGUUAUUAGAUUCCGCAGCGAAAUCUUUAGCAACCAGUUUGAAAGAGGAUUUUACAAAGGCCAUUAUUUCCUCAAUGGUGUAAAGCGUGAAUACGCUACAACACAGUUCCAGCCCUACUAUGCACGGAAAGCUUUCCCUUGCUUUGACGAACCUCAGUUCAAAUCGAGAUUCGUCAUCUCCAUCACUCGUGAUGCUUCUCUUAGUCCGUCUUAUUCUAAUAUGGCUAUCAGUCAAACCGAGACUGUCAGCCAAGGUCGUAUCAAGGAGACUUUCUUACCCACUCCCACCAUAUCCGUCUACCUGAUCGCAUACCACGUCAGUGACUUUGUGGAGACUACUGAUGGCAGCACUAACGGCCGGCCCUUCGGAAUCGUAUCUCGCCCAGGAGUUACGGCUCAGCACGCUUAUGCUCAUGACAUCGGAGUGAAGAUCACCAAUGUGAUGAAUGAAUUUUUCGAUUUCGAUUACUAUACCAUGGGCGAAGGACAGGCAAUGAAGAACGACCACAUUGCUAUUCCUGAUUUCCCAGCUGGUGCUAUGGAGAACUGGGGAAUGGUUAACUACAGAGAAGCUUACUUGCUGUACGACCCUGCUCACACUAACCUCAUCAGCAAAACCUUCAUUGCCACCAUCAUGGCCCAUGAGCUGGCCCACAAAUGGUUCGGUAACCUGGUCACUUGUUUCUGGUGGAGUAACUUGUGGCUCAACGAGUCUUAUGCUAGCUUCUUUGAAUAUUUCUCCGCUCACGCUGCCGACCCGUCUCUCGAGCUAGCCGACCAGUUCAUCGUCGAUUACGUCCACAGCUCUCUGAACUGGGACGCUUUCGCAAGCGCCACUCCCAUGAACUUGAACACUGUUACUAACAAUGCCUCUAUCAGCGCCCACUUCUCUACCACCAGCUACGCUAAGGGAGCUUCCGUCUUGAGAAUGAUGGAGCACUUCGUUGGACCCACUAUUUUCCGUAAUGCUCUGAGGACUUAUCUUGCUGAUAACGCCUAUGGCCUAGGUACUCCUGAGGACAUGUACAACGCCUUCAGGUCCGCAGUGGCUGCAGACCCUACCUACGCAGCAACAUACGGAACCCUGGAUGUCGGAGCCGUCUUCGACAGUUGGGUCCAGAACCCUGGCUCUCCCGUUUUGAACGUAGACGUCAACAUGAAUACCGGAGCAAUCACUGUUACUCAGAGACGUUUCAUCAUCGGAGACGCUGCUUUCAAUCACCAAUGGCACGUCCCUUACACCUGGACCCACAGCGCUGACCCCGACUUCACCAACACCAAACCAGCGAAGGUCCUCACCACGGCCUCUACUACUGAAAACAUGCCAGCUGGACAUAACUGGGUCGUCUUCAACAUUCAACAGUCUGGUUUGUACCGUGUGAACUACGAUGAUCACAACUGGGAGAUGCUCGCUGAAGCACUUCGCGAGAACAAAGACCAAUUCCCCAGACAAAACAGAGCUCAGUUCGUCAACGACGUCCUUCACUUCGUGCGCGCUGGAGAUUCCUACAUCAGCAUCGCACGCGCCUUCGACGUUCUCUCUUUCUUGGAGAAAGAAGAUGAUUACCUCGUGUGGGCCGGAGCUCUCGGUCAGCUCGACCUGAUCAGGCGUCGUUUGGAGCACAUUCCUGCUGCUCAUGAGCAGUUCGAUGAAUACCUCCUGGAACUGAUGGAGCACGCCAUCGAAUCCCUAGGCUACGAAGAGGCUGCCAGCGACUCCAGCACCAGGAUCCUGAACCGCAUGCAGAUCCUGAACUACGCCUGCAACCUUGGCCACGAGGGCUGCGUUACUGACAGCUUGGAGAAGUGGAACGCUUUCAGGGCUAACCCUACCAGCAGCUUAGUCCCCGUGAAUGCUCGCCGCUACGUAUACUGCACCGGACUCAGGCACGGUGACGCCACUGACUACAACUUCCUGUUCAACCAGUACGAGACUUCUGAGAACACUGCCGACAUGGUCGUCAUCCUCAGAGCUCUUGGCUGCACCAAGGAUCAGAACCGGCUUCAGCACUACUUGCAGCAGUCCUUGACAAGCGACCAUAUCCGCUAUCACGACAGGACCAACGCCUUCUCCCUCGCUCUCCAAGGAAAUAAGGAGAACUUGCCGACCGUCAUCUCAUUCUUGCAGAACAACUUAGCUGCUAUCAGAGUACAGUAUGGUGGCGUCGCCAGAUUGAAUGUGGCCAUUAACGCCCUCGCUAACUUCUUGACUGACUUCGAAGAUAUUACCAGCUUCCAAGCCUGGGCGUACGAAAACCAAGUGGCGCUAGCAGAGUCUUUCUCCAACGCCAAGAACGUUGUCGACUCAGCCGUCGCUAACAUCCAGUGGGGCAACAGCGUUGUUAGAGACAUCUACUCUUUCCUCCGAGAAAGAAACGCGGCCGGCGCACUCACUGCCCCGACCUUCCUCGCCCUGUUAUUCGCAGCAGUCGUUGCUCACUUCGUCCGUUAAAUUUAAGAAUAUAAUUAAUUUUAAGUCUAACUGCAGAAUAUGUAAAUGACGUGACAACUCUGAAUCUUAGGAUGAAAAUGACGCUAUUUGACACAAUCUAGUUUGUGCAAUUAAAUUAAUAGAUAUGGUUGAACAAUUUGUAAAUGACAAUAAUUUCAAUAGAGCUUUAUUGAUGUAAGAAUACCUGAAUGUAAUUAGAAAUAAAUUAUUUAUAUUUGUAAUA